CAGCUUAGGUGUGUUCUUCCUUUUAGAGCUCUUAACUAACUCGUCUAUAAAAAAGCUUAAAAACUUCACCACUUUCUGUAUUUUUUUUACAAAAAAAAAAAAAACAAUUAGAGAUUAAGUAGGAUGCAAUCGAAUGCUUUUGAGCUCGACGUAGAGGCGGGCAAUGAGGAGUCAUUUCAUAGACCGUCGAACGCAGAGGUGGUUGAGCAAGAUGAGGAAGAUCUUAUAUGGGAAGCGAUCGCUCGGUUGCCUUCGGUGAAAAGAGGACGCUUCGCGAUUUUGAGAAGGACUCCAUCGGAGAUUGAACAUAGUGUAGGAGGCGGAGAAACUGGAAGUACGGAGACGAUUGAUGUGACCAAGCUAGAUCGAGCUAGAAGGGAACUAGUUGUAAAGAAAGCAUUGGCUAGUGAUGAUCAAGAUAAUUAUAAGCUUCUCUCUGCUAUUAAAGAUCGCCUUGAUAGAGUUGGAAUGGAGGUGCCAAAGGUUGAAGUAAGGUUCCAGAACUUAAACAUCAAUGCCAAUGCAGAAAUUGGGUUAAGAGCUUUACCUACUUUAAUCAACGUUGCUCGUGACUUCUUUGAGUACGCCUUAAUGGGUUUGAGGAUUUUACGUCCUAAUAAAUUCCAGUUACAUAUCUUGAAAGAUAUCAGUGGUAUCAUUAAACCAGGAAGGAUGACGUUGCUUUUAGGACCACCAGGAUCGGGCAAAUCCACCUUGCUUUUAGCUCUUGCUGGGAAACUUGAUCGCAAAUCCUUGAAUGUGAGUGGUGAUAUUACAUACAACGGCACAAAACUUGAUGAGUUCUAUGUUAGAAGGACUUCAGCAUACAUUGGCCAAACAGAUAAUCACAUUCCAGAGCUAACUGUUAGAGAAACAUUUGAUUUUGCUGCUAGGUGUCAAGGUGCAAGUGAGGGCAUGGCAGGGUGUAUGAAAGAUUUAACCAAACUAGAAAAGGAAAAGAAUAUACGUCCAAUCCCAGAAAUUGAUGCUUUCAUGAAGGCAUCAUCCAUUGGGGGUAAAAAACAUAGCAUUUCAACAGAUUAUGUCUUAAAAGUGCUUGGUCUUGACAUAUGCUCAGACACUUUCGUUGGAAAUGAUAUGCUUAGGGGUGUCUCCGGUGGCCAAAGGAAAAGAGUUACUACAGGAGAGAUGAUUGUUGGGCCGAGAAAAACUCUUUUUAUGGAUGAAAUAUCCACUGGACUUGAUAGCUCUACAACGUUCCAAAUAGUAAAAUGUAUGCGAAAUUUUGUUCAUCUAAUGGAAGCAACUGUACUUAUGGGUCUGCUACAGCCUGCACCGGAGACAUAUGAGCUAUUUGAUGAUGUAAUGUUGUUAUCCGAGGGAUAUAUGGUGUAUCAGGGCCCUCGAGGAAAAGUUUUGGAAUUCUUUGAGUCAUUAGGAUUCAAACUGCCACCGCGAAAGGGUGUUGCAGAUUUUCUUCAAGAGGUGACCUCUAAGAAAGAUCAAGCUCAAUAUUGGGCUGAUCCGUCGAAGCCAUACGUGUUCAUUCCCGUUUCGGAAAUGGCCAUUGCAUUUAAAAAUUCCAGAUUUGGAAAGUCUCUGGAGUCAACACUUACUGCACCGUAUGAUAAAUCUCAAAGCCAUCCUUCAGCUUUGUCCAGAACAAAAUAUGCUGCAUCAAGAUGGGAGCUUUUGAAUUCUUGCUUUGCGCGAGAAAAACUACUGAUGACAAGGCAGAGCUUCCUUUACAUUUUCAGGACAUUCCAGGUUGCAUUUGUGGCUUUUGUCACGAGCACAAUUUUUUUAAGAACAAAACUGCAUCCGGUAGAUGAGAUUAAUGGCAACCUCUACCUCUCAUGCCUUUUCUUCGGGGUGGUCCAUAUGAUGUUUAAUGGAUUUUCUGAGCUAUCCCUUCUCAUAUUUCGGCUUCCAGUAUUUUACAAACAACGAGAUAAUCUAUUUCAUCCUGCAUGGAUAUGGUCCGUCGUCAGUUGGAGUAUUCGUGUACCUUACUCUGCUAUUGAAGCUGUAGUAUGGUCUUGUGUUUUAUACUACACUGUUGGUUUUGCCCCUUCUGCUGGGAGAUUUUUCCGCUUCACGUUCGCCCAAUUUGUAUUACACCAAAUGGCAGUUAGUCUAUUUCGAAUGUUGGCUUCCCUUGCUCGAGAUUUGGUCGUUGCAAAUACCUUUGGGUCUGCUUCACUUUUACUUGUAUUUUUGUUGGGUGGAUUUGUUAUACCUAAAGACCAAAUUAAGCCAUGGUGGGUUUGGGCUUCAUGGCUGUCACCAUUACAGUAUGCGCAAAGAGCAGUUUCCAUUAAUGAAUUCACAGCUACAAGGUGGAAAAAGAUAUCUGCUAUUGGAAACAAUACAAUUGGAUACAAUGUGCUUCAUCAACAUGGUUUACCUUCUGCUAAAUAUUGGUAUUGGCUUGGAGUUGGUGUGUUAAUAGGUUAUGCAGUGAUUUUCAACAUCAUCGUGACACUGGCCCUAGCCUGCCUGAAUCCUUUAAGUAAAGGCAAGGCAAUUGUACCUGAAGAGACAGAAGAAAAUUCUGUUAGGAAGGAUGUUGAAAGCGAAAAGUUGACAUCAGAUUCUUCAUCUGCUCAGGGCAGCAGUAAGAAGGGAAUGAUUCUUCCAUUUGAACCAUUAGCAAUGACUUUUCAUAAUGUCAAUUACUUUGUGGAUAUGCCUGUGGAAAUGAAAGCACAAGGCAUACCUGAAACGAGAUUACAGCUCCUCUCAAAUGUUAGUGGAGUAUUCACUCCAGGUGUUCUUACUGCCUUAGUCGGGUCCAGCGGAGCGGGAAAGACUACAUUGAUGGACGUGCUUUCCGGAAGGAAAACCGGUGGAUACAUUGAAGGGGAUAUUAAGAUAUCAGGAUACCCAAAGGUACAGGAAACAUUUGCCAGAAUUUCAGGAUAUGUUGAGCAAAAUGAUAUACAUUCUCCUCAAGUCACAGUUGAGGAGUCUCUCUGGUUUUCCUCCAGUCUUCGUCUUCCCAAAGAAAUUAGCAAAGACCAGAAAAUUGAGUUUGUUGAAGAAGUGAUGCGUUUGGUAGAGCUUGAUACACUAAGGAAUGCUAUAGUUGGUUUACCAGGUAGCAGUGGCUUAUCGACAGAGCAAAGAAAACGUUUAACUAUUGCGGUGGAGCUUGUUGCAAAUCCUUCCAUUAUAUUCAUGGAUGAGCCUACAUCUGGACUUGAUGCACGGGCUGCAGCAAUUGUGAUGAGAACUGUUCGUAACACUGUUGACACUGGAAGAACUGUGGUGUGCACUAUUCAUCAACCCAGUAUUGACAUUUUUGAAGCAUUCGACGAGCUGCUGCUUUUGAAACGAGGAGGUCGGGUUAUAUAUGGAGGGAAACUUGGAGUGCGCUCGCAGAUUUUGAUUGACUAUUUCCAGAGUAUUGAUGGCAUUCCCUCUAUUCCUGAUGGAUACAACCCAGCAACGUGGAUGCUUGAGAUUACUAACCCUGUAGCAGAGCAGAGAAUUGGUAGAGAUUUCGCAGAUAUAUACACAAAUUCUGCGGAGUACAGGGAAGUGGAAGGUGCCAUUACGCGUUUGAGUGUUCCUCCUCCUGGUUCACAACCAUUAAAAUUUUCUUCCGUAUAUUCACAAGACCAACUGUCUCAGUUCCUAAUUUGCCUCAAGAAGCAAAACCUUGUGUAUUGGAGAAGUCCUCGUUACAACUUGGUGAGGCUGGUUUUUACGACGGUGUGCGCAUUACUAUUAGGCUCCGUUUAUUGGGAUGUUGGUAACAAAAGGGAUACAACUAAAGGUUUGUUUAUGGUUAUGGGUGCCCUUUAUUCCGCAUGCUUAUUUCUUGGGAUCAAUAAUGCUUCCUCAGUACAACCAAUUGUAUCUAUUGAGAGAACAGUGUUCUAUAGAGAGAAAGCAGCAGGAUUGUACGCUCCAACUUCUUAUGCUGCAGCCCAGGGCCUUGUGGAGCUUCCAUACAUUGUUGCUCAAACAAUUUUGUUUGGGGUCAUCACAUAUUUCAUGAUUAAUUUUGAAAGGACAGCUAGUAAAUUUUUCCUUUAUCUUAUCAUCAUGUUCCUUACCUUCACCUAUUUCACCUUUUAUGGUUUGAUGGCCGUUGGUCUCACACCUUCUCAACAUAUGGCAGCUGUCGUCUCUUCUGCCUUUUACUCUUUCUGGAAUCUCCUCUCUGGUUUUCUUGUCCCAAAGCCAAGAAUUCCAGGAUGGUGGAUCUGGUUCUACUACAUUUGUCCAGUUGCAUGGACUUUAAAGGGUAUUAUAAGCUCUCAGCUUGGCGAUGUCGAAACCAUGAUUGUUGAACCGACAUUUAAAGGCACCGUGAAAGAGUAUGUAUCAACAGUCUUUGGCAUUGAUUCCGAUGUAACAGGACUCGCGGUGGCUGUACUAAUCGGCUUUUGCAUCUUAUUUUUUGGUGUCUUUACUUUGUCUGUAAAAUUUCUCAACUUCCAAAAGAGAUAGAAGGAUGAAUUUGAGAGCUAUGGUCUCAUUUUGUUGAUGGUUUCCUCUUAAGUGGGAAAAACCAAACAAAUUCAUGAAAAGCUAGUAUGUUGCCGACCUUCUUCGAUGAUAUCUACUUAAAUUUGGUGGUCAUUAAGCUAGCAAAUAACUCAAUCACUCAUUACAACAUAGGAAAAAAGAACAAAUAUUGUGUUUGCUGUUAUUGUUGAUAUAGCAACUAUAGUUCUUCUUUUCUUUUUUGAUCAAUUAUAGCAACAAAAGUUGGUUGUGAUGGUGAACGUAAUAAACAUGCUAGCCUUUAUUGUAUCUUGUCAUCUUGAUUAUUGUCAAAGUCGAUUAUCAAUAAUAUCUUAAAAUUUUUAAUAAUUUGACUAUUCAUGUAAUGUUUGUAUUUUUUAUGGUAAACAAUAUUAUUAACAAAACAAAAAGAGUAACCAAGACA